CGUCGGCGGGGCCCGCGGACAGAAGCUGCCCCAGCAGCAUCCCCGCGCCGGGCGGGGCAGAGCGGAGCGUUCGUGCUGCGCUCGAACGGGCGCACGGACAGGCAGACACACACACUCAGCAUCAUCGCUGUCCCGCUGCAGCUCUGCUCGCCGCCACCGCCAAGAUGCUGCUCUUGCUGCUGGGGAUCAUCGUGCUCCACGUCACCGUGCUGGUGCUGCUCUUCGUCUCCACCAUCGUUAGUCAAUGGCUGGUGAACGGCGAGCACAGGGCAGACCUGUGGCAGAACUGCACCUCCGGAUCCUCGUUCCACUGCCUGGCAUCCUCCUCCAACGAAUGGCUGCAGUCUGUCCAAGCCAUGAUGAUCCUCUCCGUCAUCUUCAGCGUCCUGUCGCUCUUCCUCUUCUUCUGCCAGCUCUUCACGCUCACCAAGGGCGGCAGGUUCUACAUCACCGGCGUCUUCCAGAUCCUGGCAGGGCUCUGCGUGAUGAGCGGCGCUGCCAUCUUCACAGUGCGGCACACGGACUGGCACCAAGCCUCGGAAAACACCUCCUACGGCUUUGCCUACAUCCUGGCGUGGCUGGCCCUCCCCCUGGCCCUGGCCAGCGGCAUCGUCUACGUCAUCCUGCGGAAGCGCGAGUGACGCCGCGGGACCUGGCCCCGUGUGACGGGCCUUGGCGAUGGCCUCACAGGAGACAGACCCGGGGGAGAAUAGGCGAGAAAACGGAAACGAGAAUUAACCAAAAAAACAAAACAAAACACAAAAAAAACCCCAAAAAA